ACCGGCAGUCAAGAUGUGGCGGGGAUCCUGAAGUGGGUUCCUGGGGACCUGCGGUUGAUUCUGUAAACCGAGAAGGGACAUACUGGCUAGUCGUCGCUAAAGACUGACCUGGAGAGACGCGCGAGCCCCACAGGGCCCUAGUCCCCAGGAGACUCUGGCCUCCACUACUCCUGCCUGCGGCCAUUGCCUCGGAGGCUCACGUGCUGCCCUCGACGCCCCACCCCUUCCGCCUCCUCAUUGGCUCUCACGGGACACGUGCGGAAGGGGGUGUGGCCGUGGGCGCGGCGGGCGCGAAGAGCCGCGCGGACUCGGGCGCGAGGCCGCAUGGACGCCCUUGCGCUGGGCCGGUGGCGACGGCGGAGGCAGGAGGAGCUCCAGCUUCCGGGGGAAGCGAAACGAGUGUGCAGGCGAUCAGAAGCCAGUGCGCCCGAGCGUGGGUGCCACCAGGUGGGCACAGGCGUCCUGGCGUCUGGCAGCACAGAGGACCCUGCCACCAGGCCCGAGGGUGGCCAGGGGAGACCCAGUGCAGUGAUCCUGCAGAGCGGCUCCAGGAGCUCCGCCCCGCCUUGCCGGAGGUGUAUUGCCGGGGAGUCUCCGGUGCCGUUCCCAGAGCUGCAGUUCCCACUGGGCUCCAGCUGCCGAGGGUCUCAUGACAGAAGCGUCUCCUGGCCCGUGGCAUUCAGGAAAGGCCGCCUGCUCUCCCCACCGUUAGAGCCUUGAGGAGCAUUAGAUGACUCAAGACCUUGGGAAAUGCAUUCCGGAAACCAGUUAUCCAGGGGUCCUUUGGUGAAGGAAUGACUACCUGUUGACUACGUACUGCUGAGGCUCUUCUGGGAACCCCCGGCCUGUUGAGUAAACCCAGCGUCUUUAUUCACCACGGAGUUCAGGGCCCUGCAGUCUUGGUGCCGCCUGGCAUUCCACGCCUGCGUGUGCUCCUGGAACCCCUGGCUCCCCUCAUGGAGAGCGUCUCCUGUUCUGAAAACGUCUGACCUCAUGCUGUUCUAAGUGCCUGGGAUGCCCCUUCCACCUCACAAGAUUCUCUGACACCUCUGGGGGCCUGGUGCAGCCUUCGCAGCCCCUCGUCCGGUGGCAGGUGCCCCUUCCCUGGCUCGCAUGGCGUCUGCUUCUCAGCACCCAGGGGCAUUUCAGUCAUUCCGAGAGUCCCUAGAAGAUGCCAGCUGGGAAAGGAAGCCUGCAGCUGGGCACUGACUCCUCCACGUGACAGCAGGUGCUGGGCUCCGGCGGAUGGGCUUUGCUUGGGCACCCACCUGUUUGAACAGCAGCCCAGGGCUCGCUGCCCGGCACCCACCGUCCUCUGCGUGGGAGCCUGCAGGCCCCACGUCCCUUCCACGGAGCCUCCUCUAAGUGUGUCCUGCCGGAGAGGGAGAGCAAGCGCAUCAUCUAAAAGUAAAACGCAGUCCGCGUCAAACUUCCGUGCGGCUUGGAGACCCGCGGCUCCUGCGAUUGUGUCCGGCUUGGAGACCUGUGGCUCCUGCGAUCGUGUCCGGCUGGGGACCCGUGGCUCCUGCGAUCGUGUCCGGCUGGGGACCCGUGGCUCCUGCGAUCGUGUCCGGCUGGGGACCCGUGGCUCCUGCUAUCGUGUCCGGCUGCAGCCCUGCUCUGACGCUUUCCAGUUGUUUUGUGGAUGUAUCCAGGACUGCCUGGAUUAAAAUCUUUUUAAUUAAAAGAUUUAUUUUUAUAAUUGAAAUGCUCUGUAAUCUUGAAGUGAAUUUUGCUAAAUGCUACGAGCCCAUCUGUUCCGUGUAAUUCUCUAACUGAAGUGAUCGGACAGCACCCCUUUUAUAUUAAAAUGGAGAUUGCUUGUUUUC